UCCAUCACAUUUUGGAAUAAUAUGUAUUGGUGUCAAUGUUUGUAAGCCUGAAUGGAUAGAGGAUGAAGAUUGGAUCUAUUUGAAUUCAAGUGUUGAAUUCCCAUGCUUUAAAUUAUCUUCUAACACAGAAGAAUUACUAAUUUUACUUUUAAAGACUGACUCUUUAACUGAAUAUAAGAAAAUCAUUUGUGAAGCAAAAUACAAAAAUGACAUUGAUACUGAAAUGGAAUUUAUUACAGAUGUUCUUUGGUGGUUUGCAAGUAAUGUAUUUAAUAUAGCAUCUGCUUUUCAUGGUAUACAUAAAAAUGAGGCACUUUUAGGAUCAUCAAUGAUUCACCCAAUAUUACAUGGUGAAAUUCAUCUAAAAGCAAAUGCUAAUCAAAGAUUAUUGAGGUGUAAUUUAAAACCUGAAGAUGACAAACCUUUAGGUAUGAAGGUGGAUGGUUUAUUUCAUACUCCAGGAAAUAAAGGACUUGAAAUUGGAAUGGUUGAGUUAUCAGGUGGUUACUUAACUUCAGAUAUGCCUAGAUAUAUAAAAGACCAUGUUAAAGGUUAUUGGGAGUGUCAUGAUAUUCUCAAUGAUAUUGUGAAAAAAUACAAUUGUGGAGAUCAUAAAAUUUUGAGAAAUUUACAUAUGUCAAGGGGUGCAGGUGUGGAGAAUGGAUCUGCCAGUUUCAAAAUUUUACAGAAUGUUUUUAAUUG